AUGGACCAGUCGGACGCUCGUGGCGAGAGCCUCAUCUUCAAGGUUGCUGUCCCGAGCGUCGACCCCCCCUACACCAAUCCCGCGCUGACAGCCAACCUGGUCUUCCGCGUGGCACUGGGCAUCAUGGCCAACGUGGUGUGUCUCGUGCCUCUCAGGCUCCUCCACCGCGGCGGCGAGCUCGCCGCCGUCGUCUUCAUCGUCAACAUGGAGCUCAAGAACAUCGAGACAGUGGUCUUUGCCCUGAUCUGGCGCAACGACGACAUGGACAGCUGGUGGGCCGGGUACGGCGUGUGCGACGUGCACCCUUACUUCAACAACUUCGUCAUGACUCUCUACGGCACCUGCCUGCUCGCCAUAAUGCGCAACUUGAGCCGCCAGGUCGGCCUCAUGCGCGCCCAGGGACUUACACGUGGCGAGAAGCGCAGGCGCAACCUCGUCCAGGCUCUCAUCAUGUUCCCGCUGCCCAUCCUGCAGGUCGCGCUCACAUGGUUCCUCACCGAUGGCAGGUAUGCCAUCGGCACGCUCGUCGGAUGCACCUGGAUCCCCGGGGCUUCCUGGAUCUACCUCACAUCAAUUGGCAACGACGCCACCCUCUCCCGCAACAGACUCGUCAACCACCGUGCUCAGCGAGCUCGCCGACGUCUGUACCAGACCAUCGUGUCCAUCCUAGCGCCCUACUUCCCCAUCGUCCUGGCUAUCGGCAUCAUCAACAUCAUGGACACCGGCACCAUGACAGCCUACGACUACCAGGCCAUGCACGACCGGCAGAUCCCUUUCCCCUGGAGCACUAUCCUCUACUUCCCCUCGGCGGCCAUCGGCUUCGGCUCCAUGAACAUUGCGUACAUCUCCAUCCUGACCUCCAUACCCGUCUUCAUCUUCUUCGGAAUGACAAAGGAGGCCCUCAACAGCUACAGGAGCGUCCUCGUCCGCUGCGGCCUGGGCGUGUGCUUCCCCACCCUGUACAGGGAGUACGAUCCCGACCGGUCUCUCCGCUACGCCGGCUUCAGCGGCAACAGCAACAGCAGCAACUCUCAUGCCAGCAACUCCCUUUCCACUGUGACACAGCAAAGGCAAAGAUGA